AUGGAAGGACAAGGCGGCGGGGAGGAUGCUGUAGCCGCCGAUGCUCCAGAGGUAUGGUGCCUCGACGUUACGGCGCACCGGCUGUAUAUCAGGCAGCAGCUGCAAAGAGGCUUGAAAAUGUUUUGCUCUACUUCGCUUGCUGAGGAGGCAUCUAGCGCCUCUUCUGGUGGCUCACUUGCUGAAGCGCUGCAUGUGCCGUUCAUGGAGGUACAGCAACAGCAGCAUUCUCUACUUAGUGGGGUUUACUGGACUUUGUGCUGCCUCGCUCUGUUGCAGCCACCUGCUGUGGCGUCCCCGUCUUCUCAAGAGGAGCAGCAGCCGGGGACAGAUUUUCUGCCUCUACCUCUGAAAGUGAAAGAGGACCUCAUUUCCAGAGUCAUCCUCCCUUGUCUCCGUAGACGACAGUGCACAGGAUGGGUCUCUGCAGCGCCACAAGUAGAAGCAGAGAUAUCUUUAACGGAGCGGGGAUCAGGAUAUCCAAGGAGGAAGCGAGUAGAUGAAUCAUCUCAAAAACCGGCAAUGCUGCCCCCUGCAACUACCGCAUCAGCAGCAGCAGAAUCCCGUGCGCACUGUGACCUUUCAGCUCUUGGAUUCAGUAGCAACUUGACUGAAAAUGCAACCGCGACAGCUCUAUCGACAUGCAGUGGCCUGCAAGCCUUGGCCCUCUUGGAGGCUCUCCCAGUUCUCUCUGAGGAGGACUUGCAGCAGCUAAGACGUUUUGUGUUGCGCCUCCAGAGACGAGAGGAUGGAGCAUUUGCAAACACACUGCAUCCAGAAUGCAGGACGAGUUGGUGCAGAACUUGCAGUCAACCACUAGCAGGAGCAUCACCGCCGACAGCAACAACGGCAGAAGCAAAGGGAGAGGUGAAGUGGGAGAAUGAAGGGGACGUACGCUGUACUUUCUGCUGUCUCCUCAGCCUAAAGUUGAUACACGCUGCCGCUAAGGCUCACCAGAAGCGCAGCGCCGCUUCUCAUCUGCUUCAAACGUGUGCAGUCACUGCACGUGCAGUAGGUAGUGUUGGUGGAGAAGCACCUGUUGCGGUGACCCCGGGGGCUCCAUUCCCUGGAGAACCUGAGGUGUGCCGGGAGCUGCCUGCUGACCCCGGCCCCCGGUUGGUACAACCCCCGGAGGAUCCCAUAUAUGCAACGUCUUGGGAGACCUUCCUACAAGACCCGCUUGCUGGUGUACGUGUUGAUGCGACGUUUUCUUGGCUGCUGUCCCUUCUGGGGCCAGACGGGGGCGUGGGUGUCUCCCCUGGCGCUGAGCCCCAUGCAGGCGCCGCCUUCUGCUUUGCUGGUUGUUUGUCACUCCUGGGGAAGAGGGAUGCACUGGGAACUGAGAAGGCGCGAAGACUAGAGAGGCAAGUUAAGUUGCUGCCCACCCUCUCCCGGCGCUGCGGUCGCCGAUCCAGCUGCAGCUAG